AGACAAUAAAAACAUUUCAUCGGUUUAUAUACCAGCCAGAGAGAGAGAGAGAGAGAGAGAGGCCGACUGUGACAGUCGAAUUCAGACGUCGGAAUUCAGAACUGAACUUGAAGGAUGCUAAGAGUUUCGCUGCUCAGGCGAGUUGGUACUUUACGGUCAUUCAAUCCUCAGAUCUUCUGUUUAAGCAAUUCUCAUCUCUCAACCGCCGCCGAACCGUCAAUGAAGCUCCGCAAUCCUCCUAGAGUUCCAAACCUUAUUGGUGGUAGCUUUGUGGAUUCCAAAUCGAAUUCAUUGAUAGAUGUGUUGAAUCCAGCAACACAAGAAGUAGUUUCUCAAAUUCCAUUGACUACAAAUGAAGAAUUUAAAGCUGCUGUAUCAGCAGCCAAGAAAGCUUUUCCAUUAUGGAGGAACACGCCAGUUACUACUCGCCAACGUAUUAUGCUCAAGCUACAAGAGCUGAUCAGAAGAGACAUGGAUAAGCUUGCUUUGAAUAUCACCACUGAGCAGGGGAAAACUUUGAAAGACGCACAGGGGGAUGUUUUCCGUGGGCUAGAGGUGGUAGAACAUGCUUGUGGAAUGGGGACAUUGCAAAUGGGGGAGUUUGUUUCCAAUGUAUCGAAUGGGAUUGACACGUACAGCAUACGAGAGCCACUUGGAAUUUGUGCUGGAAUCUGUCCUUUCAAUUUCCCAGCAAUGAUUCCUUUAUGGAUGUUUCCUGUUGCAGUUACAUGUGGUAACACCUUUAUUCUAAAGCCAUCAGAGAAAGAUCCGGGGGCUUCCAUGUUGCUUGCACAAUUAGCAAUGGAGGCUGGUUUACCUGAUGGUGUUUUGAAUAUCGUUCAUGGAACCCAUGACGUUGUUAAUGCUAUUUGCGAUGAUGACGAUAUCAAAGCCAUAUCAUUUGUUGGUUCAAACACAGCUGGAAUGCAUAUAUACGGAAGAGCAUCAGCUAAAGGAAAACGUGUUCAGUCUAAUAUGGGAGCGAAGAACCAUGGAGUUGUUGUACCUGAUGCAAACAUGGAUGCUACAUUAAAUGCUUUAAUAGCUGCUGGGUUUGGUGCUGCAGGACAAAGAUGCAUGGCACUUAGUACCGUGGUGUUUGUUGGUGACUCAAAGCCAUGGGAAGAUAAAUUAGUGGAGCGUGCCAAGGCACUUAAGGUUAAUGCUGGAACUGUUCCUGAUGCUGAUCUUGGUCCAGUGAUCAGCAAAGAGGCAAAGGAACGGGUGUGCAGGUUGAUACAAAGUGGUGUUGAAAGUGGUGCUAAAUUACUGCUCGAUGGAAGAGAUAUCUUGGUUCCGGGAUAUGAAAAAGGAAACUUUAUUGGGCCGACAAUCUUGUCUGGUGUCACUUCCGAUAUGGAGUGUUACAAGGAAGAGAUAUUUGGCCCAGUUCUUCUAUGCAUGCAGGCUGACAGCUUAGAAGAGGCAAUAGAAAUUGUCAACAGAAAUAAGUAUGGAAAUGGAGCGGCUAUAUUUACCACCUCGGGUGCAACCGCUAGAAAAUUCCAAACAGAUAUCGAGGCUGGUCAGGUUGGUAUAAACGUGCCGAUUCCAGUUCCUUUGCCUUUCUUCUCGUUUACUGGCUCGAAGGCAUCUUUUGCCGGUGAUUUGAACUUUUAUGGAAAAGCUGGAGUUCAGUUUUUUACACAGAUUAAGACAGUAACUCAACAAUGGAAGGAUUUACCAAGUGGACCUGGAGUUUCUCUAGCUAUGCCUACUUCUCAAAAGUCUUAAUUAUUAUUAUGUAUGGAAGGCUAAUAAUAAUAAUAAUAAUAAUAUUUCCUUUUGAAAAAAGGGUAAAUAAAUGAUAUUAUGUUCAAAACAAUAAUAGGUGCCAACCUUUUUUCUAGGACUAUUUGGAGGUAGUUUUAAUCUUUUUUUUAACAAUAGUA